UGUUAAUCAUUUAAACUCUCUAAAUCUCCCUCUCUCCCCACUCAGUCUCACUCUCUCAUCACUCUCACUUUCUCAAUCACCCUCUCACUCUCUCACUCUCGCUAUCAGCUCACUCUAACUCUCCCGGCCACACGCUCUCAAUCUCUCUCUCAGUCUCGCUCUCGCUCUCAAUCUCGCUCUCGCUCUGUACUCUCACUCUCGGUCUGCAUCUUCAGCUUGGAAUCACAAGGGCACCAUCAAACAACAUUUUCUUUGGGCAUAAUUAUUGAGGCUAGCUGCUCCGCACUUGUUGAUGCCACCACCGUUCUAAGCAAGACAUUACCACAGCUCCCUCUUCUCACUUUCAUUACUCCACAAACCCAUCUACAUUUCCUGAAAGAAAGAAAAAACUAUGGCGGAAGGAGCUUUGUUCGAUCUUGCAGGGAACGUCCUAAAACUGCUGGGCUCUGUCAUUGUUGAAGAGGUCAAACUGGCCUCUAGUGUUGAAACUGAGAUUAUAGAACUAACCAACACAGUCUCCACAAUCCGCGAUGUGCUUCUGGAUGCAGAAAAGCAGAGUUCUCAUAACCAUCAGAUCAAAGACUGUCUCAGUUGGCUCAAAGAUGUCCUCCAUGAUGCUGAUGAUUUGCUGGAUGAUUUCUCCACCGAAGUUAUGCGCCGCAAAAUGAUGACAAAGAAGGUACGCCUUUUCUCUGCAUGUUCAAACCCACUUGCUUUUAGUCCUAAGAUGGGCCGUGAAAUAAAGGCAAUUAGGGAGAAAAUAAAUGCCAUAGCAAUAUUAAAGGAGGAUUUUCACUUUAAUCAAAGCUUGGUUGAGCCACGAGUCAUGACUAGGUGGGACACAGUAACUAUUUCUUCUGUACUCGACGAUGAAGUUAUUGGGAGAGAGGAUGAUAAGAAAGAGAUUAUGGUACGUCUUUUUGAUGGCAGUGUUGUAGAGAAUAUUUCUAUCAUUCCAAUUGUUGGUUUCGGAGGAUUGGGCAAGACAACACUAGCUCACCUGGUAUACAAUGAUAAAAUUGUCCAACAAGAAUUUGAGAUAAAACUUUGGGUUUGUAUCUCUGAUGACUUUGAUGUACAACGGAUUGUCAAAGAAAUUUUGGAACAGUUGACAGAUGAGAGACUUAAAGAAAGCUUUGAGAUGCUGCAAACUCAGCUUCGAGAAAAGCUUAAUGGAAAAAAAUACUUGAUUGUCUUGGAUGAUUUGUGGAAUGAGGAGAGUGAUAAAUGGCUUCUCUUGAGAAAUUUGUUAAUGGGUGGUGCAAGGGGAAGUAGGAUAAUAGUGACCACACGCUCAGAAAAUGUAGCGAGGAUAACAGGGGCAACUUCAUGGCAUGCUCUAAGAGGCCUACCUGAAGAACAGGCUUGGUGUUUGUUUGUGAAAGUAGCAUUUGAAAAUGGUCAAGUGCCAAAGAAUGAAGCCUUUCUAAGUUUGGGUAGGGAGAUUAUGCAGAAGUGUGCUGGGGUACCUCUAGCCAUAAGGACGAUAGCAAGCUUGCUACGCACCAAAGCUACAGAAAAUGAGUGGCGAUCCUUCAAAGAUUAUGAACUCCCAAAAAUGACUCAAAAUGAUGAAAAUGUUAUUUUAUCAUCGCUUCAGUUGAGUUAUGAUUAUCUACCAUCAUACUUAAAACAAUGCUUUGCUUAUUGUGGAUUGUUUCCAAAAGGUUAUAGGAUUAAUGUAUAUACACUUGUUAAUCUUUGGGUAGCAAAUCGAUUUAUUGUGUUAGAAGAUUCAAAACAGUGUUUUGAGGAUGUUGGUAGAGGAUAUUUUAUGAAAUUACUUUGGAGGUCAUUUUUCGAUGAUGUAGAAAGUGAUGGAUUAGGCAAUAUUAAAUCUUGUAAAAUGAAUAAUCUCGUGCGUGAUCUUGCAGUUAGAGUGUCUGGAACAGAAAUUGCCGUAAUCAAUUCAAGUGGGAAUAAUGUUAAUAAUGAAGUUCGUCAUGUAUUAUUAAAUCUUGUGAACUCAUCAAUGCCAUUUUCAAUCCUCAUGCAUAAUGGAAGUAAGGUACGCACAGUUCUAAUAUCUAGUGUAUGGGGGAACUUGGGUAACUUAACUUGUGAUGCACUCAUUUCAAAUUUGAACUAUUUACGCGCUUUGGAUUUGAGUUAUCUAGAACUACAUGUAGUUCCACGUUCAAUUGGGAAAUUGAAGCAUUUAAGAUAUCUUGAUCUUUCUGGAAAUUAUUAUAUUAAAAUUCUCCCUAAUUCCAUUACUAAGAUGCUGAAUUUGCAGACACUAAUACUAGAAAGUUGUCAUUCACUUGGAGAAUUACCCAGGGGCAUUAAAAAGUUGGUCAAUCUCAGGUAUCUAGAUAUUACAAAUUGCGACGAAUUGACUAAUGUGCCCCUUGAAAUCAAACACCUUACUUCUCUUGAGAUAAUACUACCAUGCCUUGUUGUGAGAAUGGGAAGUUCCAAGGGUAAGUCCAUUGGGCCAAGUGACUUGAAGGAGCUACACAACUUGGGAGGAGAAUUAAGAAUUGAAAAUCUGGGACAUGGAAAAGAUGACGUGCUGGAAUGUAAAGACGCAAAUUUAAAGGAUAAGCAACACCUUCAACAACUGUCAUUAAAGUGGGAUGACUCCGAGGAUAAACAUCACCUUCAACAACUGUCAUUAAAGUGGGAUGACUCCAAGCCGGAUGACUCCAAGUGGGAUGGAGAAAGCGAAUGUUAUGAUGAAAAGUGGGAAGUGCUCCGGCCACAUUCAAAUCUUAAAUGGUUGUGGUUGGAGAAUUAUAUGGAAGUGAGAAUUCCAAGUUGGGUCCCUUCUCUCACUAAUCUUGUUUAUUUUGUAUUAAGAAAAAAUAAGAGAUUGCAGCACCUCCCACUGUUAAAUAAAUUCCCUUCUCUCAAGUUUAUCUCUCUACAUGGAAUGGAAGCGCUUGAAUACAUACAGAUAGAUGAAGACAGUGUUAGUAACGUGUCGGGUGCUUCCUCUUCUUCUUCUUCUUUUUUUUUUUCAAAAACACCAUUCUUCCCAUCCUUAUCUUCUCUAUGUAUCGCGGAAUGCCCAAAACUGAAGGGAUGGAGGAGGAAUGAGCCACACCAUUUCUUACUUCCAACAUUUCCUCCUCCUCUUUCUACAUUACGGAUUCGGGAUUGCCCUAACCUGACUUCCAUGCCCCCGUUUCCAUAUUUGAAAGAAAGGCUGAAAUUGAGUAGGUGUAGCUGGAAGGUAGCAAUCUGCUGUCCUCUCCCUCUAUUAGAUGUAUUGUCCUUAAAAGAUGUUGAGGAUUUAGAAUUACUUUUUCAAGAGAUUCGCAAUCUCACCUCUUUAAAAAAGUUGAGAAUUUGUCAAUGUCCCGAGCUGACGUCACUUCCUCAAGAGAUUUGCAAUCUCACCUCUUUAAAAGAGUUGAGAAUUUAUGAAUGUCCUAAGCUGACGUCACUUCCUCAAGAGAUUUGCAAUCUCACCUCUUUAAAAGAGUUGAGAAUUUAUGAAUGUCCCGAGCUGACGUCACUUCCUCAAGAGAUUUGCAAUCUCACCUCUUUAAAAGAGUUGAGAAUUUAUCAAUGUCCCGAGCUGACGUCACUUCCUCCAGAGAUUUACAAUCUCACCUCUUUAAAAGAGUUGAGAAUUGAUCAGUGUCCCCUCUUAUGGCAAAAGAUGAAAGAGGCAAAUAGGUGAAGAUUGGCCCUUCAUUACCCAUGUCCUAAUCGUAAGAGUGGAUGGUCAGAAACAGCAAGAAGAAACAAUUUCUUCAGAACCUUCCCAUAAAAAAAAAUAAUAAUAAUAAUUGCAGAACCAGAGUCAGAGUCAGCUUCUCCUACUUCAGACAAAGAACAAGCUUGGCCCCAAAUUUCGGAACAUAUUCAAAAACUGCAAUUGUGCAAUGACUCAAGAACUAGAACUCAGUGACUGACUUUGAAGUCAAAGAAGAAUGAGAGAAUGAUUGAAUCUAAUUUGUUCUUUCAUGCACCAAUUCAAAGGUUGUUACACUGAAAACAACGCCCAAGUUUUAGAACUUUUGGUUUUUCCAAUGAUUGGUAAUUUUGGCACUUCUCUCUCUGCUAAGGCCGUGGCCUUCGGUUCUUGAAUUUUGGCUGUGGAGUCCCUGUGUGAAAUUGAGGCAGUAAACAUGAGUAUAGGAGGGAAAGAACAUAAAAGUGGAAUCUGAUUGCGUCUUUGACUACUCCAGAACAAAUUAAGGCAAAAUUUGUACCCUAUUCUUCAAAGCUUUCUGGUCAUGGACUCGAUGGUUGUGCAGCCACUGUCUGUACAUUGGACAACAUUGAGCACAUUCUUUUCUCUAAUCACUAUGAAGAAGAGGGGCCCUGCGUGUGGGCCCCCACUCACGAUUAUGGAGCAUUGCGUGAUGGAUUAAUAGAAUACAUGGAGAGUUCUUCAGGCCUAAGAGAGGUAGUAUGAGUAAGGAUGGUUGAGCCAUGACAGGUAAGAGAAGCUGUUUUAUCAAAUGUCCAAAAGAUGGAGUAAUUUGCUGCAAAGUGAUGCAGAGAAACAUGAAUUGAGGAGGCUGUAAUGGAUCAUAAGAGGUGCCCUACAUAUUCUAACCUGGCCCAGAAGGAUCUCACCCCGUUAGCUACACAGAGGAGAGUGUGGCAUAGAAACCAAAAGGAUUUUCAAUGAUAGCUCUACAAAAAUGAACUAUAAUCUUUCAAUAGAUUGAGUGAGUUCUUAAUUUUGUUGCUUUCUCUUCUUGUGCAGUUUGGAGCUCAAUGUUGUGUCCAAGGCAAAUUUGUGCUUGCUCCAUUGAGGUGGCUUUUGAGACUUCCACAACAAAGAACCUCUUCGGCAAGUGCUGUUAUCUCUACCUUAGCUUGGUGAUAUUGUGAAAUUAUUUAUCAAGGCAGAGUUGAUGACCAAAGCUUUGUCCCACCAUAUGCUCUGUACAAUCAAACUUUCAGAAGCCAUGAGAACAUGCAAUUGCACUGGAAAGGAACUUACAUAUUUCUCACAAAUAUUGAAGAUAAAAUGAUGAGAAUGUUUAUGUUCUAGGGUCAACUUCCCUCCCCUGCCCCUCCGCAGGAUAUAUUGAUGAGAAUGCUUAUGUUUUAGGGACAUUAAUUUUUCCCUGCAUUUAACUAUUUACCUCAAUAUCUUAUGGAGGGCCAUUGUUUCAGUUUAGUGAAGUGGCAAAUAGAGAUGACGAUUCAAAUAAGCUUGCAAUUGGUCUCAUAACUCCUUUUUCUAUAUAGAGGGAUGUCAGCCAUUAUAUGGCCAUGUAGUUCCCCAUUGAAUGGUUAUCGAAUGGAGACUAUAUAGCACUAAACAGAAGAAGGGAAAUUUGCAUCAUUCUUGAAUCUAGCUAUCAUGAAGAAGCUGUUGAAGAUCACGUAAUAAUUUGGACUGCUCAGUUUUGUCCUUUUGCAGAAGUAUCGGUCGUCUUCAACAGUUUUGGAAGAGUAACGAGGACAUUUGAGCAGAUCUAGUUAUUUCAUCCGGAAUGCGGAAUUUGCAAUUCUCAACAUGUUGAAAUCUGUUGUCAGCUAGGCUGUCAAAUAUUUCAUUACUUCUUCAAAUAUCAUAAUUCGGGUGGCCAACUUUGUGUUAGGUUUUAGUGGAUUCACUUGGGGGUUGCAAUUAUAACUAGGGUGCCCUUUGUGCUUGUAUGCCAAUUAAUGUUUUUAGUAUUUUAUUUUUCCUUGUGCGGAUAGAAAACUUUGAAAAGAAAUUCUACAUGUCUACAAGCUGGAGAAAUUUUAGCAAAUCAGUCAUUUUUAUUUUUCAAAUUUAAUGAGCUCUGUAUUGCACACUUUGUAUUCGCUCAUUUUGAAUAGUGUUUUCAAUACACAAUUAUUAGUGAUG